GAUGUGGUGGACACUGACCGGCAAUUACGGCAAUAUAUUGCCCAUCGAUUGGAGCAAAACCUACGCCCGAAGUCUGCACUUACCGGCGCUCAACAUAAACGCCUCGCAAAUGCGGGCGACAAACGCGGCCAACAAUAACCCGAACGCCGAUCUCUUCGACCCGACCUGCGAUGAGGAAGAGUUGGCCAAAGAGCUGGACAUGCAUUCGCUGAUACUGGCGAGCCUACAACAGGAGCCGAUCUUCACUGCGGAACAGGUGCUCGAAGAGAUCGACGAGAUUAUGAUGAAUGAGUCGGAGUCGACGUCCAGCGGGUGUACCGUUUCGGACACCGCCUCCACUGACAAGUCGCCCACCAGUGGUGGCGGCAAAGCGGCCGACGAUAAGCACUCGAUAGCGGCCCUCCUCUACGAAGAGAAGCUGAAGACCUACUCAUCGGUUCAGUUGAAUGAGCUGUACGUCGAGUUGGAGCGUAUGAUACAACACAACUCGGAGACACUGAUCAAUGAGUUGGCGCUCAGGGAUGAGCUCGAGUUCGAGAAGGAGCUGAAGAAUACGUUCAUCUCGUUGUUGUUGAGCGUCCAGAAUAAGCGCCGACAGCACCACAUCGACCGCAAACGGGGCCGCACUCUGGAGCCCAAGUACUUGACAACAGUCAUACCGUACAACACGGGUCGCGGACCGCCAACAGUGGCCACUCUUCAGAUACUCAUCAAAAUAUUGCGUGCUAUCAAUGAGGACAGCCCUACUGUGCCCACACUUCUCACCGAUUAUAUACUGAAAGUGAUUUGUCCGACCACUUGAGUGGUCAGCACCAGACCCGACGGGUCCCACACCCGACAGCCCCUCUCCUCAAGAUCUCUAACCUAAGCGUUUCAUCACUACUGUCUCUGUGCGCUGUCUUUCCUAUCGCUCUCACACUUCUCGCCACACAUUCAUUAUAUUUACACAACUAUUGAUAUUUUUAUCGACAAAUUCAUUGAAAUUUAUUGAUUGUUUGACUAAUUAUUAUUGAUUAUAACUCGAGGACGAAAUCAAAUGAGAUUAUUAUUAUUAUAAACGGUAUAUGAAAACCAAUAUUCCUAUAGUGUGUGAGAGAAAUGGUUGUCAAAAAAUUGUGGUUUUCAGUGCAUUAUACGAUUUAAUGCCUAUUUAUUAUUAUGUAAUAAUUAUUAUAGCGAUUAUUUAGUCAAUAUAUUCCUCGCAUGAUUUAGACGUGUAUUUAACACACAAUUGAUUUGUUUUUGUUUGAAUACUCAAUAGGGAAGAGAGCUAUGGAUGAACUAAAUUUAUGAAUAUAUUUAUGGCAUAUGUUAUUGUAUUUCAAAAUAAUUUGAUUGCUUUUUCCACUCCAACGAU